AUGCAAAAGAUACAGGCUCAACAACAACCGUUGUUUCAGAAGAAGACUCUUCAAAGACGAAACAUGAAACACUUGAGACUUAACGAUGCAAGUUUGAAAAUGCCAUUACCAUCGAUACCGGAUAAAUCUACUAUUAAUAUUUCGAAUAAUGAAAAUAAUAGUCAUGAGGCAAAUGAAACUGGGCAUGUUGUAGAACUAAAAUUACCAAAUAGUAUUGAUAAUGAUGAUGAUAAUAUCGCCAACAAUAUUAGUAUUAGUAUUAACAAAGUUGACAACUUUAAGAGUAAUGACGGUGAUGUGAGGACGACCAAUAAUAAAGAUAAUAAUAAUAAUGAUAAUGAGAAUAAAAAUCACAAUAAUAAUUUUUCACUGCGAAGAAACUUCAAACGAAAUUUAACCUUGGAUAUAUCAUCAAAUGAUAAUAACAGAAUAAAUAUAAGCGGUAACAAUGUCAUAAUACAAAAGAAUGAAAUCAUUGAUCCAAUUUCUUCUAGCAGUUCUACAAAUGAUAAUUCUUCUAUAACGACUCCAGAAGAAAAAGUAUCGAAUUUGAAAAAUUCCUUACUACUACAUCAAAAGGAUAUUAAUGACAACAAAAUCGAACUACAGAAUUUAGUUCAACUGGGGAAAAUAGGUUCAGGUAACUCAGGUACAGUUAUAAAGGCAUUGCAUGUACCAGAUUCAAGAAUUAUUGCUAAGAAAACGAUACCCGUAGAGACAAAUAAUGAAUUAGUAAUAAAUCAAUUGUUAAGAGAAUUAACGAUUAUGAGAAGUGUAAAGGCUCAUCCAAAUAUAGUUGAAUUUUAUGGUGCAUAUUAUGAUCAGUCAUCGAAUAAUGAAUUGGUCAUUCUAUUAGAAUAUAUGAACUGUGGUUCGUUAGAUAAAAUACUAUCAGUACACAAAGCUUUUUGUCAAAGGAAUAAAGCAUCUCCUGAUAAAUCAUGGUUUAAUGAAUUGGCGAUUUCUAAGAUAUCGUAUGCAGUUCUAACCUCACUUUCUUACCUAUACAAGAAUUAUAAAAUUAUUCAUAGAGACAUUAAACCAUCUAAUGUUCUGAUUAACAGUAAAGGACAGGUGAAAAUAUGUGAUUUUGGUGUAUCAAAGAAAAUGGUUAAUUCAAUAGCUGACACUUUUGUCGGUACCUCUACAUACAUGUCACCAGAACGUAUUCAAGGUAAUGUAUACUCCACAAAGGGUGACGUUUGGUCAUUGGGUUUGAUGAUUAUAGAAUUAGUUACUGGUGAAUUCCCAUUAGGUGGUAUUAACGAUACUCCAGAUGGUAUAUUAGAUUUACUACAGAGAAUUGUUAAUGAACCAUCUCCAAGGUUGCCAUCGAAUUUGGAUGAAACUAGGUAUAAAAGGGAAAUCACCGAUUUUGUGAAUAGAUGCUGUGUUAAAAAUGAAAGAGAAAGAUCAUCGAUAGAAGAAUUGUUAUGUCAUGAUUUUGUUACUAAGUAUUCAUCAGCAGAAAAUGAUAAAGAAUUUAAACAUUGGUGUAAAAAAAUGAAGAAUUACAUAAAAUCAGAGAAGCAAUUGAAGAAAGAAGAAACCGAGAGGAUGAAGUUUGAGAAGAAACAAUUAGAACGUUCUGCUGCAGCUGCAGUAUCAAAGAGGUGA